CAGAGCUAGUAUUUAAUAGUGUGUUAAUCCAAACGGUACGUUACGUGGUGAAACUGUUUUUCCUGCUUUCCGAUAUGUGGCCUACACAACAUAGGAGUGUUUUACAUGAACUUGUUUUUCGAACGUCGUAAUUGUAUUUAGUGUUCGCCACAUAGGCACCUCGCACUCCUGAUAUUGUGGAAAACCUAGAAAGUAUGUGAAACUUAAAACAGAUGGAAAAUGCAACAUUUCCCUGCUUCAAAAGGAGACUCUUUAUGUCCUCUAGGAUUUCACCCUCAAGUUAGAUGGCCAACAAGGUGUAAACGAUGUUUUCGGGACUAUAAGGAACAUUACAAUCGUAAAAAGGAAGAAAAUGAUGUUCUGAGGAAGGAUUCAAUUACAGCAUCAUCUCCUUCCAUAUCCAAUAGUUUCACCUCAAAAAGUGAUUAUCCAAGAAGUUGGGCGUCCAGUGAUAAUUUGUAUGAGGGAAAAUUGGAAAAUGAAUUGACAGAAUAUAAAUCAACGUUGGAUUUAGUUAAUUUGGAUGACAACUCUUCUAAUGUAACAACAGUUAACUUAAGAUUACCUAAACGCAGAAGUUACACUUCUAUUGACCAAACAGGUAAAGACAAUGAAACGGAAAAAGAUAAAAACAAGAAUUCAACAUCGGAGAAUGGAAAGAAGGAAGAAAAAGAUUUGCACAGAAUACAAAUUAAAGAGGUGAAGUCUUUAUUUAACGGACCUACUAACAAUGAUGUACAAUUUGUUAUACAGAUGAAAAAAAACCCUAAUAGAACACCUACUGAAGGAAUUGUAGAAAAUAAUUUGGCCCAUUCAGAAGUGAACGAUGUUGACAGGUUAAAUGCUGACUUGAAGAAAAAACUAGAAGCUACACAAAAUGAACUAGAAGCUACGAAGCAAAAAUGUGAUAGGUUAGAGAAAGAAAAACGUGAUGUUAUCCUCAGGAGGCUACCUUCUAUGGAUUCAUCAAAUAAAUCCAAUUUUGAAUACAAUAAAUUACAACAGAAACAUAAUGAGCUUCAGAAAGAAGUCAAUCAAUAUAAGGAGGAGAAAUCGACGUUGCAAGUGAAAAUAAGGAUUCUAGAAGAGGAAAUCAAAAGGUAUCCAAAAGGACAUGACAGAAAUUCUAGCAAUGUUGAAGAUUUGAUUUCUAAAUUGAAAGCAACCGAGCUAUUCUGCGAGGAACUCAUGGAUGAAAAUGAGUGCCUCAAAAAGGAACUUAGGGAAAUGGAGGAACAAGUUGAAGAAAUGCAGGAUAAUUUCAGGGAGGACCAAUUAGCAGAAUAUGCCGAUCUUAAGAAGCAAGUCGAAAUGCACACAAAAAAUUGCCGCAUCCUAUCUUUCAAACUGCGUAAAGCAGAAAAACGUAAUGACCAAUACGAAAUCGAAAAGCAAGAAUUGGAAAAGCAGUUGAAAGAGUUUUCAGAAAAUCAAGCCAACGCCUACAGUCUAGAGAAAAUAAAAAAAUUGGAGCAAGAACUUGCCGAUUCCGCUAAUGUAUCUACGAAGUUACAAAACGAGCUAGGUGUAUUGAAUGAAAAACUUUCCGAAUACGAAUCAGUCAAAAUAGAUAAGAAAGGAACGAAAACCACAGAAGUUAAGCGAAUAUCUCGCCAAUCUCUUAUCAGAAGUGGUUCUCAAGAAGAACCAAUAAUACAAGCUCAAGUUCCAGAUACAUCAGAAAUUGAACGAGAUCUAAGGGAACAACUCAAAUUUUCAGAGGAAGAAGUACAAAAUCUCCGUAAGAUGAUUUCCAGGCUAGAAAACGAAAACGAAGUCUUACUACAACAGAUGAAAAAAGUAACAGCACAUUUAAGAAAUAAACCUGGAGCACCAAUUGAUUUGAUAGAUGAUGAAGAACUGAAAUUACAAUUAGAGCUAACUGAACAAGAAAUCGCACCGAUGAAAAGCAAAAACGAUUUAGAAAAACCAUUGAGUAAAUUACAGGGAACAUCCAAAAAAGUUUCUGAAGAAAAAGCCAAUAAAAAAUUAUUAGAAUAUGAGCAACAACUUAAAGAGCUGAAAGCGAAUAUUGAAGAAGAAAAAUCUAAAGUCAAACAAAAACAAACAGAACUUACCAAAUCAGCGAAAAAAUGGGAAAAUGAAUCUAAAAAAUUCAAAACGGAGAUAGAAUAUCUAGAACAGGCAAAUAAAAACUUGAAUGAGUCUAUUAAAAAUAAUGAAGCUACCAUAACGAAGUUGGAAAAAAAAAUAUCCACUAACAAAGCUGUUUUGAGAUCUGCACAGCAGGCAGAAAAAGAAAAGUUGAAAGUUGAGUUGGAUCAGAAAAAAACAGAAUUAGAAGCUCUUCAAAACGACUUGAUAUCUGUUAAGUCACAUUCUGAAGAAUUAAGCAAACAAUUGAAGGAUUUGAUCUCUGAAAAAACGAAUUCAGAUGAACUUAACGAUAAGAAAAUAAAGCAACUAGAAACUGAUCUUAAGGGGGAGAAAAAGAAAGCUGAACUGCUGAAAAAAGAAUCAGAAGCUAGAAAUAGCGAGUUGAGGACUCUAAAAUUACAAAUUAGCAAAAAAGACACCAGCGCUGAAACCAAAUUCCAAUCGAAAAUUGAUGAAUUGACUGAAGUUAAUAACAAAUUAACAACGAAUUUGAAGGAAACAGAAACAAAAUUCAAAGAUCUCAUAGCAAAACAUGAAGAUUUAGAGGAAGAAUUUUCUUUAACGAGAGCUAAAAUGGAUGUAGAAAAGGAAACAAUGAAUAGUGAAUUACAAACUAUAAAACAAAGACUAAACAACAUGAUAUCAGAGAAGAGAGAAUUGGAAGAAGAAUUUGAGAAAGACAAAAACAAAUGGUUCACAGAAAAGAAGAAACUUCAGGAGAACUGCAAAUCUGUAGGUACAAAUGGAGAAAGUAAUGAUCUGGAUAAGAAAAGAUUCAAUUCUUUGAUAGCAGAAAAACAGUCAGAGCUGGAUAAAUACAAAAAAGAAAACGAGUCGUUAUCAUAUCAAAUAGACUACAUGAAAAGAGAAAGCGAUGAAAUUAAGAGGAAACUAGAUGAUUACGAAAAGGUGAACAAAGUACAAAGGAAUAUUAGUGCUGAUACAUCGGUGAUGGACAAGGAAAUCAGAGAAAUGAAAAAGAAAGUUGAAAUGAUAGAGAAGGCAAAGAAAGCAGAGGUAUUAAAAUGUAAAAUGGGAUUCGAAGAACAACUAGCUACAGUGAACAAUGAAUUGAAAUUGCUCCAUAGUCAAACGAUAAGAUUCAAAAAAGAAAGAGACACGUACAAGAAUAUGCUUCAAUCAGCUCAAAAAAGCAUGGGAGAUUUGAAAUAUAGAAGAGAUGUUACAAGCAAACAAGAGAAUGGUAGUGUUAAAACAGAAAACUUAGAAGCUCAGUUAAGUACUCUCGAAGAUGAAAUUGCGGAAACUAAAUUAGAAUGUUCAAAACUAAAAACACGACUAGUUUCUGACAAGUCCAACUAUGAAGUAAGAAUAAUCGAAAUGCAAACUAGAAUUAACGAGCUUGAAGAAGAGAAAAUAUUGAACAGUGGUAGAACCAAAAUAGCUGGUUUGAGAACAAGGAUGGAGCUCUCAUGGCAGAAAGAAAGAGAGGAGCAGCAGAGACUUCUGCAAGAAACAGCUACUUUAGCUAGAGAUUUGAGGCAGACCUUGUUCGAAGUAGAAAAAGAAAGGGACAAGGAAAGACUUGAAGCUAAGAGAAAGUUAGAACAAUUGAGAAAAGCAGUGGAGGAAGAACAAUUAGAAGCGAAAAAGAAAGUCAAAGACCUCCAAUGUGACUUGUUAGAGUUAAGGGAUGCUCAUGCUAAACUACGAACAACAAAUGAAAGGUUGAAGAGAGAAAAGGAUAGAUUGAGGAGAGACGAAGAUGUCAGAGCUAAAUCAUUGAGUCGAACAAACUUGAGUGAAUCCAGAGACUCUAUAGUAUUACAACAUAUUGAAACCUUGAAGUGUCUUGCCAAUGAAGUUGAAAUUCUCGAUGAAAAACAAAGAGGAAAACUUGUGACGCCAGAGGAUAAGAAGGAUAAACUUGAUAACGUCGUGAGCAGCCUUCUCCUGAUUUCCCAGGAACUCCUGUCACAAAUGAAGGAAAUCGAGAUGGAUAAGUUGAUGAUGCCUAGGAGAAGAAUGAGGUCUGAUGUCAAUACUGAGAGUUCGACUAGGUUGAGUCGACAAGGAAGCCUGAAAAGACGUAGUUUGUCACUGGAACAAACGUCAGUUGUUCCACGUGAGCAGAAUAUAUGGCAAAAUGACCAAGGCAGUAUGACAAGCCUGAGAUCAGCAAAUUCUGAUUUGGACAUGUACGGCAAUAUGUCCGACACAUCUGUACAAAGCGAUACUGCAGAAAAGAAGAAGAAAAAAGGAAUCAUAGGCAAACUACGCAAGAUGACCAAAUCGAAGAGUGUAGAUGAAGGAGAUUCGGGAAUUCUUAGUAGCCUAAUAGGAAAAAAGCCCAGUUCAUUAGAAAAUUUGAAUAAUGCAAUCUCCGGUAUGUUUAGAAGGGGCGGAUCUUCCUCAAGAAGUAAUAGUAUGGAAAGAACCAAACCUCCAGAUCAAAAGUACGAUUCCAGUUCCAGACAAAGACCUUUGAUGAAAAUGAAGAGUGAAAGUCCUGCUAGAUAAUAUAUCAAGACCGUAAACAAAACCUAGUCAAUAACCCCAUUCAACUCGAAGAUAUUUAAAAAUGUUGUUACCAAUUCUUUAUAGAUUUGAUUUUUUGAAAAUAAUAACAGAAAAACUUUUUCCGAGGAAUAAAUCAAAUAUCCCA